AUGCCUAGAAACACAGGAUGUUUCAGAACAAUUGACCUACUACCUGAAGCUCUAAUAAGGUUAGACCUGAACGUUGACCUUAACGUCGAUGUACAUGCGGCUUUGGAAUGUAUUGGAACCGGUCAAGCUGAAAACACCACAACACCGCCACCAGUCGCAACUAACAAGGCUACGUUCACGGAUUCCCACUGGUUGAUCAGCAAGCACAGAGGAUUACCUGUCAAACGUAAUGCCCGCGUGCAAAGUACAAACGAAAUUUCCACGGUCAAUCUCAAUAAAAUUGAUACGCUGAACCGACGAGAAACCAAGCGUCGGUGUCAAGCCCUCAAUCAGUCUCAAAUUUUUCUGCGGGCAUCCUUGGAGUUCAUCUGUUCAUGA